GCAAGCCUGGCACUGUGGCUGAUCCUGCAGGAGCCCAAGUGCCAGGAUGCAGUGAAGAAUUAUGUCCCCCGCCUGGUCAUGGCUCUGCUCUUCCAAGUGUCCAUGAGCACAGAGCAGGUGCCAGAGGAGAUGAACACCUUCUGGAGGAGAUGCCAGCAGAGUCACCCCCUUCCCAGCCACCCCAACAGGUUUCUGGUACAGACCCUCAAGGCCCUGCUCUGCCAUCUGCAGUGGGAGGAUAUUUUGAUGGCAAGGAAGCGCAGGCUUGCCUGGGACCCACUGGUGAAUUCCGAUCCCCACCACUCUGCAGUGGGUCUGCAUGUCAGGGAGAUGCGCCACCAGUUGACCCCCUCCCAUUCUCCCCUGGCAAUCCACCUGCUUGGGAUGCUCAGCAGUGUGGACCCCCGUUGGGAGCUGCCUGCCCUGGAGUUCCUUGUUGAGGUCCUCGACUAUCUGGAUGGGAGAGAAUGUCACGGCAGUGUCCAGCAGAUCCUGUCCAGGCACCUGCAGAGCCAGUGCCCAGAGAGACGUCGCCUGGCUCUCAGAGGCCGCAUGGUGCUCUGGAUGGAUCUGUCAAUGGCCGAAAGCAUCUGCAGGCUGUCUCAGCACCUCCUGGAGCUGCUGCCUGAUGCAGAUGGAGACGUGAUGGUUGUGACCCUCUCUGUGCUGGUGAACGAGCUCUGGGAAGAAGACAUUCAGGCGAUCCUCUCCACUACCCCGAAGCUGGCUGAGGCUCUCCGGCCUCUCUUUGAGAAUGUAAGGCUCUGUGCCCCCCAGCCACAGGCACUGGGUGCUGCCUGA